UGCAGCGGUUACCAUGGAGCCGGGAGGGCCCCGCCGCCAUGGCGCUGCCCGCGCCGCUCCCCGCCCGCGGCUUCGAGCUCGCCCCGUCCCCGCUGCCGUCCCCGCUGCCGCCCGGCCGGGAGCUGCAUGUGAGCGGCAGCGCGGAGCUGAGCGCCGGCCCCGACCGGGCCCGGGUGUCGGUGCGGCUGGGCAGCAGGAAGGGGGCGGCCGGGGCGGCGCGGAGCAGCGUGUCCCGCAGGCUGGAGUACAUCGCGCACAGCGCCCGGCACCGCGGCGUCCCGGAAGAAAAUAUGACUGUAACAGAGGAUUUCAGUAGACUAGAGAACACCUACCAAAUGGAAGCAGAGGUCUCUAUUAUAUUCAGUGAUUUUGGAAAAAUGCAGAAUGUUUGCAAUUUACUUACUGAAAAAUUAGGGACUUCUGUUACCAUCAGUCCACCUCAUUUCUACCACACGCCAGAAGCCGUAGACGCCCUUCGCCGUCAAGUAUGUGUCACUGCUGUUGGAAACACACGGCAGAAAGCUCAAGAAGUGUGUCGACUGCUUGGCCAAUCCUUGGGAAAACCUUUAUUAAUAAGAGAAGAAGAAACAAAAGAAUGGGGAGGCCACACAGACGGUCAUCAAUCUAGCUCCCCAGAUCCACUGACUCUGCAGGAAAGAAUCCAGAAUGCUACUGCUUAUGCUUCUUGUAGAGUGUUUGCUGUGUUUGAGAUAAAGGGAAAAGAAAACAGAAGAAAGAAGUUGCUCUAAAGACUUAGAAAUCUUACACAUUUUCUUAAUAAAUUUUUAUAUUUUCUUCA